AGUCGUUCUUUCUAUUUCUGCACCUAUCGCUAGGGAUUGGAAACUGGAUGAAAAGUCCAUCUGUUCCUUCUUCCAUGCUUUCCUGAUCUCUAUCAUCUUAUGCAAUUGCGACCCUCACAAAUCAGUCACCUGCCACGAGAAGCUUCUGUCAUGCUCCUCCAGAACCUCUAUCUUCUUCCCCUGCUUUUUCUCCUUCCCCUCUUGUCAUGGAGUUUCUACCUCUCUCGCAAAAUCAGAAUCAGACUCCGGCCAAAGACAAUCCCCCUCUCGGUAAACUACCACUUCACGCGCAAAUGCAACUACGAAUGCGGCUUCUGUUUCCAUACCGAUACAAACAGCUACAUCGCUCCAGUCAAGGAUGGCAAUGCCGCUCUCAAGCUCCUUGCUCAGGCUGGCAUGAGAAAGAUCAACUUCGCGGGUGGUGAACCGUUUUUGUACCCAGGCCACCUUGGAAAAAUGGUUGACUUCUGCAAGGAAAUUUUGAAGCUGGAAUCUGUCUCGAUCGUAUCCAAUGGGUCGAAGAUCACUGAAAGCUGGAUCAAAGCCCACUCAAAGAAUGUCGACAUAUUGGCCAUUUCUUGUGACAGCUUCAACGAAGAAACCAACAUUGCGAUCGGUCGUGGAAAGGGCACGCACAUCAAGCAGUUGUAUCGGAUCGCCGACUGGUGCCGCGACUAUGGCAUUCUUUUCAAACUCAACUCUGUGAUCUGUCAGUACAAUUGGAAAGAGGACAUGAACGAACACAUUGCUCGCUUACAACCGUACCGCUGGAAAUGCUUCCAAGUCCUGCUCGUGGCUGGCGAGAAUGAUUCCGACAAGACUAAGCGCGAUGUGAGAAACUUCUUGAUCUCCGACGAAGAGUAUGAACAUUUCUGCCGCAACCAUGACAAGAACGCAUGCUUCGUGCCCGAACCAAACAAUCUCAUGGCCAAGAGCUAUCUGAUUCUUGACGAGCAUUUGAGAUUCUUGGACCGCACAGGCCAAUGUCCAAGUGGAUCGAUUUUGGGGGUGGGUGUGAACAAGGCACUGAGCAGUGUGUUUUGGGAUACCAAUGGCUUCGAAGAGAGGGGAGGAAUCUAUGCUUGGAACGAAGAACAGGUUCGAAAGAAGCAAGAAGAUGAGCUGACUACGGCUAUCAAGACGCAGUUGGGCGCAAGUGUCAGUGGGAGUUGUGGAGGACCUGGAGGCCAGAGCGGCAAAAGUGCUGACAUGGAGGACAUUGGCGUCAGACCGCUUCCAUGACCCAUCACGGUGCGCUGAAAGACCCAGUGUGUUUGGAAAACGCAGGAUGCAUUGGAGUGUCUGAAGAAGGAUAUGUUGGAAUGUUUCGAGAACGCAGGAAUGUUGAAGUCUAGACGAAGUAGGAUAAAUUGGAGUGAUCGGAAGACGCAGAAUACUCACUCAAUUGGUACACA